GGCAAGAUGGCGUCAAAUAAAAAGAAGCAAGAUGAGAAACAUCUUAAAAUAUUACGAGAUAUGGUGGCAUUACCGUGUAAUAAGCAAUGUUUUGAUUGUCACCAGAGAGGCCCAACAUAUGUCAAUAUGACGAUUGGUUCUUUUGUCUGUACGUCUUGUAGUGGUAUUUUACGAGGGCUGAAUCCACCACACCGGGUCAAGUCCAUUUCGAUGGCAAGCUUUUCACCAGAGGAACUAGAAUCUUUAAAAUCUCACAGCAAUGAGUUAUGUCGGAAGGUUUAUUUAGGAUUAUAUGACAGUAGAUCGUGGCCAGAACCUGACUCAAAAGAUGAACAAAGAGUGAAAGAUUUUAUGGUACAAAAGUAUGAAAAUAAGAGGUGGUACAAUGCACCAACACAAGAAAUGAAAGAUGAAGCCAAGAGAAUGAAUGAGGCUGCAAUAAAUAAACAGUCUCAGACGAAACCAUUGAGAUCCUUGUUAGGGGAUAAAACCCCUAAACUGGUACUUCAAAACAGCCAUUCAACACAAGCAAACCGCCAACAUCCACAUCCAGUCUCUUCAGCACAAGGUGUUAUAGGAACUAUUCCAAUGCCCACAUCUGCAGCUGUAAGCCAACCAGCGCCUGUUACUGCAAACAUACCGCAAAAACCGCCAGCUCCAGUAAGACAACCCAAAUCUAAUGUGGAUAUUUUUGGAGAUUUUGGAUCUGAUCCCUUUGGCUCCAGUGCUCCCAUAUCAGCACCAGUUGCCCCAAUUGCUUCAUCAGCACCAUUUCCUGUGGCAGGACCUGGUUCUAGUGCAAAUACGCCGACAGGAUUUAGCAGUAUUACAUCCUCAUCAACAACAACUCCGACAGUUUC